GGAACUUGUUAGUUGAUUUGGCGAUUAAGGUUUUACUUAAUUGAAAACAUAAUUGUGGAACUUAGAAUGGAAGAUGUUUUUACAUUGUAUGCAGAAAAUAACAUUGUACUUACGGAUAUGAAGUAUUCACAGGAAUUUAUCUGGUGAUUGCCAUGUGAGAAAAGAGUUAACAUCAUCCAACUCUUUCCUCACACAUUUGGUCACCCAAGAAGACCGAAUUGCAUUAUCAGCAUUUCAGUGAACUGUUCUUUAAGGAAUUUUUCUUGGAACUUGAAGUGGCUUUGAUUUUGCUUAUCAGUAGUGUUCUGUAACUUGUUCCUGAUUUGUUUGUGUUGAUGUUAGUAUAGACAUGCUCAGCAUUGUAAUGGUUUGCAUUGUAAUGCCCCAGGAUUUGGACAUGCUGGCUGCUCAGCUGAAUGAAUUGGGCGUUGCCCAGCCAGAGGCGCCAGCCCGGUCACGGCAGAAUGGAAAGUCUUCGUUGUCGGCUGUUGGAGGAAGUUCAUCGCACAGUGCCCUCCCGGCACCACCCUCUUCCCUUCCGCAGUCCACGUCUUCUAUCCUGGAUGCAGCUGUCGAGUCAGAUUCAGAUGAAGGGGAAGAUGGUAUAGGCGUUCGCAAUGAUGGUACCCUGUUGGCUAGUGACCCCCCGAAACCACUUCCCGAACUUUCUCCUUACAGGCCGCUGGAUGCUUCUCACACGCCCCAGACAAUGGUAAUUCAUGAAGCAGUACCAGAAAUGAAGGUGCAUGUAUAUACAGUGCCUAUUUCUUGUGAAAAUUGCUUCACGUAGACUGACGAAGGCGAAGUAUUAUUUCUUGUGUCAGGGUGAAACAUUUGACUAACGAGUUUCCUAUUGAGAAUGGUUUAAAACAGAGAUGCUUUUAUCACCAAUGUUCUACAGUUAUGCCUUAUAUUACACCAUUGAGAAGAUCCUACAAAAUGAAAAGGAUUGGAAUUGAAAGGGAUGUAUCAGCGUCUGUUCCGUCCUGAUGAUAAUUUAUUUGGUGAAAACAUAUGUGUCACAAAAAGAAACUGUGGAAGCUGUAUUAGAUGCUAGAGAGGAAAGUUGGUCUUGAAGUAAAUGCAGAGAAAAUGAAGUGCAUGUUUGUUUCUCAUCUCUUUAACCUCUUCAGUAG